AGAAAGUGGUACAGGAGGGAAGUAAAUGUGAAAGGGGAAGAUUAAAAGUAGCAUAAACAAACAUAAAUGGACUAAUGUCAGCAGUGUUGGAACUAGAAGACUUUAAAAGAGAAACCGGACAUCAUGGGAAUUGAUGAAACUAAAUUGGCAAGAGAAGGGGAUAUAUUAAAUAUUGGUGAAGGAAAAUACAACCUCUGGAUGAGAAAUAGAUAGAAUAAAUGGGGAGGAGGUGUGAUGCUUCUAGUUAGGAAGGAUUUAUUAGUGGAAUCUGUCACAUAUGGGGUGGAGGAGGCAGAAGUAUUGAAAAUAAGCUUAAGACAGAAUAACGGAAGGUACCGUAACAUUGUGGUGACUUAUGUUCCCCCCUAUUCCAACUUUUGGAGAGAGGAUGAAUAUAAGAAAAUGCUUCAGGACACAAGGACAUGUUUGGCAGAGCUGCUUGAGGAAAAUGAUGAUACACUCCUGAUGGGAGACUUUAACUGUAAAGAGAUAUCUUGGGAGAAUUGGACCACAGAAGGCAGUGAGUCAUCAUGGGGGGAACAAACUACUAGACUUGGCUAUUGAAAAUUUCUUGACAUGGGUUACAGAUGACACAAGAUCUAGGGGAAAUGAAGCACCUUCAAGGCUCGAUCUAAUUUUACGUCAGCAAAUUACACCUCUGCUAGAGGUCGCUUCCCCAUGAGAUACGCUUUGCCGCUUCACGCCACCAGUUGCUGUGUUUCCUUCGCACCGUCCAGAUGGUUUUCAGCAGCUGCGAGUUUGGCAGCCUUCUUCCCGUGAUCCUUCUGGAGCGGAAAGGCUUUGCUACAGCCUGUGACCCAGUUUGGGGCUGGCUGCAACACCACCCGUGAUCCGUUUAGGAGCAGGGAGGGAAGUGCUUUGUUGAUGCACUUGUGGAGCUGACGACUCUCACAUUGAGCUGCACCGCCGCCUUGCUGUCGCUGCCACCAUGUCGGAUGUCCCGGGCAGUUCCACCAGCAAACAGAGGUCGAGUAAGGAGGGCGAUUCUGAACAUGCCAGGCAUGUGAGGAAAGGAUCCUCGCAUAGGAAUAGCUCCAGGAGCAGCCCUUCUCAGUGGGAGGCUCUUCAGGGCGAAAACAAAAGGCCCCAAGGUCACGUCUGGUGAUGGCGGUGACUCUGCUUCCCAGCACACAUGUUCCCUGCCUUCUAGCCCAUGGGAUGAGACAUCUGCACCGCCCUGGCACAUGGUGAUGGACGCUUUGGCUGCUUUACGUAGCGAUAUGGAGAAAUUGAAGUAGGAAAGAAACUUAGGCCCCAGUCGGGGGGCUGAUGACACCGCGGCGGCCGCCAAUGUAAACAUUGGCCCUGCUGGCCGUGUGGUGCCUCCCUCGGGCGCAUCCACGGGAUUUUCUGGCUUUACUCCAGCUGAGCAUUACCUUUCCAGUGAUGAUUGUGUCUCGCAGGAUGACGGGCAGCCUGACAGUGUUCUCCUGCAGUGUGCCAGGGCUUAUGGUCCUGUGGAUGAGGUGUCUGAUGGUACUGACCAGCAUGUUGCUGAUAUGGUUAACCAUGUAUUUGUUCACGGCUUGCAAGAGGAGGAGUAUAAGGAGAUUUUGGAGGAUGCUGCAGCCAAGAGGCCAGACAACUGUCAUGCCUUAGCGCCCGUGGAUUGCAACUCGCAAGUUUUAGAUGCACGGAAGACAGAUGCCAAGAAGGCAGACUUCCGUCUGAAGGAUGUUGGAAAAGACAUUAUUAAGGCUGCCACAAUUUUGACUAAGUCACUCACAGUGCUUGACAAGAUCACCCUGACUGGCCAACCAGAUGUUGCCCAGGAAGUGGGCAUGCUUACUGGUGCCCUGGCACUCCUGGGUCAUGCUAAUCACAAGAACAACCUGGUUCACCAGUUCAUCCUCAAGCACAAAAUUAACCAGAAGUAUGCUCACCUCUGUUCAGACAAGGUGCCCAUGACUCGUCUUCUGUUUGGGGAUGAUGUCUCACUCAUUGAGGAGUCUGAGAAGUUAAGGAGUAAGAUUGCUCCAAGGAAACCGCUCUCUACCUCGAAGUUUGGUCCUGGCAAGUUUAGGGGCUCUUCUGGGAAACUGCCAUACAGGGGUUUUAUGUCCAGGUUUCAUCCAUAUGGCCAACGCACGCAUGGUCCCUGGAGUGAGCACCGGCAAUCCUUCUCACGGCAGGGUCCUGAGACAAAAAACUCCCGAGGCCGGGGUCACAAUCCCCGGCAGUAACUGAGGUGCCUACUGAAAAUUCAAGCAGAGUCAGCAAAGGGGUGGAUGGUACUGCCUCUCUAGCCUUCCCAGCCCUGGAUGGGGACUCUACUCACUUUGCUGGUCAAGGAACCACGGCUGAUUCCAAGGGGGGCACACGUCUUGCGUCACCCAUCGACGGAGAAGGAACACCCCAUUCUCUGACACACCCGACUGAUGGCUUGCCUCUUAUCCAGCAACGUCUGCGAGACAGGGGCAUUUUUCAGGCAGGUACGGACAUCAUCCUUGCCUCCUGAAGACCUGCGACUGUGAGGCAGUACCAGCCACAUGUCAACAGGUGGCUACAGUUUUGUAGUAGCUGGAACAUCGAUCCCUUUGCUCCCACUGUAACUGAUGUUGUGAAUUUUCUGUCACUUUUCAGAGGUGUUGGUUAUACUUCAAUCAACACUGCCAGGGGUGCACUUUCCUCCCUGGGCAUUACUGUGGAUGGUUGCAGUGCAGGAAGCCAUCCUCUUGUCACCAGGUUCUUAAGGGGAGUUUUUAACUUGCAGCCAUCUGUCCCUAGGUAUGCAAGAACUUUGGAUGUUCAGCAGGUGCUACAGCAUCUGCGUGCCAUGGAUCCUUUGUCCUCCCUCUCUUUGAAGGACUUAACACUGAAGCUUGUGAUGUUGAUGGCACUUACGCAGGCUGCCAGAAUACAAACUUUGCACUGUUUGUUGCUGAGGAAUAUUAGUUUUGGGCAGGAUUCUGUUUGUGUUUGGUUAGGGGAAACUAUUAAACAGUGCAGGCCAAAGUUCAAUGUGCAGUUUGUGACCUUUAAAGCAUAUUCUACAGACAUUAGAUUGUGUGUGUGUGAAACUCUGAAAAUGUAUAUUGCUAGGACAGAGGAGUUCAGAAAUUCUGCAAAUCAGGAGAAUGGGAAGUUACUCCUAAGUUUUAUCAAUCCCCACAAGCAUGUAACGAGGGACACUGUUGCAAGAUGGAUUCGAACAGUGCUCUCUCUGUCGGGCAUAGACUCCAGCCAGUAUUCAGCGGGUAGUGUUCAGCCUGCAGCUGCAUCAAAAGCCAAAGCCAUGGCUCUACUGAUUAGACACAUCAUGGCAAGGGCUGAAUGGUCCAGGGCUGCCACUUUUGCCAAAUUCUAUGACAAGGAGAUUGUCCCAAGUCACAAUCCUUUCCAAGAUGCUGUCCUUCAAUAGUCUGUUCAUUUUGUUUGCAUAGGAGAUGUUGUCUCUUGUCAUCUGGUCCAUGGCUAUGUAAAUUUCUUAUUAUAUUGAAGUUUGGUUACUGCUUGUAUCAUUUAUCCUCUCUGCAUGUCUACAG